AUGUCCUGGCUAUCCGUCAUCGGUGGGGCCGCGACCUCCUUACUCUCCAAGGGAGGAGGGAUACCCAACCUACCCGGAUUCGGACUGGGAAACAAGGAGAGCAGCUCGGAAGGACAGUCGAUUUGGACGCACUACGAAGGAGUCAAGAGGGAGGAUAACUCGAGCGUAUCCAUCUUCGUCUUCGACACCGCGAACACUAACCAACUCAACUCCAACCCUUUCAUUGGCUCCAAAGAUCGGAAAUUGCUCCUCGGAUUCGCUAAAAACUCGCUCAAAAAAUUGAGGUCCCUGAGACAUCCGGAUAUCUUGAAAUUUAUCGAUGGCACUGAGACCGACUCUGCCGUUUACAUCAUCACCGAGAAAGUUUCUAGUCUUUCGGCCAAACUUGACCAGCUCAAGAUGACCAGCCAGACUGAAGUCGAAUGGAAAAUAUGGGGCCUCAGUCGGAUUGUGUCAGCCUUGAAAUUCUUGAACGGCCCCGGUACAUCCACCCAUGGCAACCUCAGACUCACUUCAGUCUUUAUCACUCAAUCCGGGGAAUGGAAGUUAUCUGGGUUCGAGGUCUUGAGUAGUCCGAAAGACCCCCAACCAAUCCUAUACACUCUUGGCGGUCUGUUCCCAGAAUCAGCCAGGUACGCCAGUCCGGAGUUAAUGAAGACAGGUUACGAAGUGUUGAAAGAACUAGAUCCGUCAUGUUUAGACUCAUACCAACUCUAUCUAUUGAUCCAGACCCUAUUCAACAAUCUACCUCCGAGUCCCGAUGUGAGUUCCCAACAACGAGGGAGCAUCCCGCCGGCGCUAUUCUCGGCGGCCCGUCGCUUAGCAUCCGCGAAUCCCAAGGGCAGGUUGAAGGCUGAAGCCUUCUGGGAGAUAGGCUUUGGCAGUGGCGAGGGUGGGGGCGGGGUCGCCGGCGCGUUCUUCAGGGAAAAUCGCUUGAUCAAGGUGUGCAACGGUCUCGAAGGCUUCUCGCUGGCUAGUCAGGGCGAACGAGCUUCCUUGGUCAAGUCCAUCAAAGACUCUGCCGAAUCUCUGCCGCCAGAAUUCCUCAAAUUCAGAGUCUUACCUUCUCUUGUCCAAUCUUUCGAUCACGGUGCAGAUGGCCCAACACUUCUACCGCUCGCAAUUUCUAUCUCUUCUUCACUAUCACCAGCCGAAUUUUCGACGAUCGUCCUCCAAUCCUUGAUCAAGAUUUUCGCCAGUCCCGACCGGGCAAUCAGAUUGUCAUUACUCGAGCUGCUGCCUCAAUAUGUCGAUCAUCUAGAUAGAUCAGUUGUCGUCGAGAAAAUCUGGCCCAACCUGCUCACCGGGUUUACUGAUACCGUCCCGAUCAUCAGGGAAGCGACGGUGAAAAGUGUCUUGCUACUAGCCCCAAAACUUUCUGAACGGAUAUUGAACAACGAUUUGCUGCGCCAUCUAGCGAAAACACAGAUGGACGUCGAGCCAGGCAUUCGAACCAACACAUGCAUCCUUUUAGGACGUCUAUCGAAAUCGCUCACCCUGUCGACCUGCCGCAAGGUUCUCGUGCCAGCGUUCACUCGGAGUGUCCGUGACCCUUUCACCCCUGCACGAAUAGCAGGACUGAUGGCGCUGAUGGCCACGGUCGAAUACUACGAGCCUGAAGAUCUGGUAGGCAAAGUAAUCCCCGGGAUGUCGAUCUGCUUGAUCGAUAAAGAGAAGACAGUCAGAGAUCAGGCCUUCAAGGCUUUGGACAUGUUUCUCGAGCGCGUCAGAAAGGCCGCCUCCGAAAUGCCUGAAAGCGACAAUACCCCCGCCUCCCUGGGCGAUGCAGUAAACAACGCAAUUUCGUCGUCGCAGCCUGGAAUGGCCAUGAAUGCUACUGGAGCGGCGGGUGCCCUGGCCAGCUGGGCCUUCAGCUCAGUGAGCCGCAAGCUGACAUCGAGCGAGCUUGCCUCCCCGGAUCCGAAGGUACCUGGCGCGUCACCCAGCGGCAAUUCAGGCACCCCGAACUCGUCCUCCUCUCACGCCCAGCUCCCCGUCCCGCCGACAAACAUGGCACGAGCCGACUCUUUCGGCUUGGUCAACGCGUUCACGCUCGGGAACGAGCGGCCCCCCAAGGGAAGUGAGGCGCCGCAAGCCGACUGGGGAGGCGAUCUGAUGAAUGUGGAAGCCGAUGCAGACGAUUGGUCGACCUUCGAGACCGGACCAGCGGUCCAUGAGCCCAGUUUCACGCCGCUGCCAUCGAAGAUCAAGCUUGGCUUACAGGCCGCCAACAAGCCCCCGAAAGCGGCUUCAUCCGGGGGCACGGGAGGCCGAAUGAAACUGGGACAAGCGACACGAGGUGGUCUGACUGGGUCGAAAGGCAAGCCGGCCAAUACUUCGGCCGCUUUAGUGGCUGCACUAGAGGCCGAUAACGAGCUCGAAGAAGGCGCCGGGCGGGGCGGUGGGACCGCGGAGGAUGAUGCUGAGACUAAGGAGGAGGACUCCUGGAACAACGCUCCGUUCGAGCAGGAUCCUCAGCCCCCCGUAUCGGCCAAGAUAACCCCCGACGCCUCUUCCUCCGCUGCAUCCAAAGAAUCUAAAGCUGCUCACAUGGCUAGGAUGAAAGAAGAACGACGGGCCAAGAUGGCCGCCCUCAAAGCGAAAAAAGCUUCCUCAUCAACACCCACAGGCUCUUAA